GGCGGAAUACAGUGGCAUUUCUGUACUGUUUUUACUUUUUAGCAGGUUAUAAGUUCAAAACUUCUUCUGGAACGAACUCUCUGAUGGAAGUACUUUGAUAAAACAAAAUGGAUACCAUGUCGCGGAGACUGAGCCAUGUUUUAGCAAUUGCCUUGAUGGUGCUUGUAACUGAUUCUGAUGGCCAUCUCUGCAUUAUAACUCCACGGCAAAGAGGAGAUUUCGAUAUAUCGACUCCCGGAAGUAGAACCUGUACCCGGCACCAGAGCCCUUGUGGAGGUCAGCCCGCCGAAGCGCCAAAGAUGACGUACAUGGGCGGGAAAACAGCCCUCAUCAGAUUCCAACAAAAUUUCAACCAUUACGAAGUUGGGUUGCCAGGUUAUAUGGAUAUUUCGCUGGCCCAAAAUGUGAACUCCACGGAUUUCCAAACGCUUACCCUUCUUGGUGAUACAAACGAACACCUUCAACGACAUCAACGAAAUUACACGGUUCCCGUGGUGAUGCCGAAUGUGUCAUGUGACCACUGCGUACUACGCAUGCGCUAUGUAAGCCACAAGGCAGGGGAGGAGAUAUUCUACCAAUGUUCCGACAUCGCAAUCAAGGCUGCCAAAUCGACAUCGCUCCUCGACGACGAGGAUCUGGAUAACGAGAUAAGGGAUAGUAUUCCAGUCAGCAUCAAAAGGGCUAUGAACUUGCAUCGGAGACCCAUCACUGUAAAAAGGACCAACACGAACGAAGCCGGUGUCACCCCCAUCAGACCGAAAGCGCCUUCUAAUUCGCUGUACGGCAUCACGUGGGACCCUUUGCAGACGACAGGGAGCAAGCUGGUGAAUAUCGAUUUUAAUACCGGAGCUAUCGAAUCGAGAAUGGGGCUGUACUUCGGCAUGGGCCCCAACGUACAGUAUGGGACAGUGUCACCGACCGCACCUUCCGACAAAUUCGUCAUGGAUCAGAUCGCGUGUUACUCUCGGGAAAUCCCCUAUCUUUUCCUUCUCGAACAUCGCAACGGGAACCUAGACGCUCGUCCAAACAAAAUUCUGUGGAUCGACAUGUCUGCCAUGGCACUCGCGGGCGAGUACGAGAUCGAGGGGUUAGAGUCCGACAUCCACAUUGCCGCGUUGAAUUCGUACCAAAGGACGACUUUCUUGACAUUUGAAAUACAACCAACGAAAAACAGUCCAGGUAAUUUCACAUUGAUGUUCGGCACCCUGGAUUACAUGGGCAAUCACAUCCACCUCUUCACCGAGCCGUCGCCCGAAAACCUCUACGUUAAUUUUCUCUGGGCAACUGUCGACCUCAAGCGUCAGAUGUACUACGUUUUGAUGGGCAAUGAGAACGCACCUGUCAAACUUAACUCAAGGAUACACAGCUUCAACAUCACAUCGAGGAAUAUCACUUGUAUUACUGAAGUAGAUGUAUCUCAGUACACCAUCAAUGCAAUCCACACAUAUGAAAAAACAGGACAGCUGUUUGCAGUUUCACCCGGACUCUUUCCUCAAGAGUAUCCGCCUUGGUAUUUGGUUGAAGUCAAUCCGGUAACCGGCAGCGUCAAACCGGUCGCCCAGAUUGCAACAUCGGGUAUGUUCGCUCCUUAUUAUGGAGGUGCCAUAGUCAACAUAGACCAAACCCACGGCCUCCUCUUUUACAACUUCCGUGUAGCCGACUCCAGGGCCAACAUCAUAGCAACGGUUUCCUUAGAUACGUUUGAAGUCUUCUUCUCCCAGCUCACCUCACUCCAACUCGUCCACAACAUAGCUCACUUCGACCCCUAUGCGCCGUAGUACUUCAGACGACUCGGCCCUCGAAAAGUGAUCGCGCGACGCAGAGCGGCACGGAUUACUAGUACUUCGUAGGCAUUUUAGCAAUUACUUCGUAGACGCUUUCUAUAACGCUGAUAAUCUUUUGUCGAAAGCCAUUCAUAACAAAGCAGUCUUUGUCGAAAAUCGGAGAAUCAAACCAGAAGUGUCAUCCUGGUAAACGACACAUUUUAUUACUUUUUCGUCCGGUCCGAAUCUUCAGGCGAUGUGCUGUCCCAGCCCACCGACAUUCGACAAUGACCCAUAUGGCCCGUAUUCUGAAGUCGGGUUUAACUUAGACUCAGCUUCAAAGUUGCGGUUGAAGUAUGGAUAACCAAUUGUUACAUAAAUCACUAAC